CCCCCGAAGGCCUCAGCGGCGCAUCUGUCUAUUAUUUGCCGAUCUAUUCAGAUCGAGAUAAGAGGCCAACAGCUGUGUUGUGGAUGAUGGAUAGUGGGAUGGACAAUUGCACAAGCUUCACGGGUUGGGGAUGCAUUGAGGCUGAUCAAGUGCAGUG